AUGUCAGAUCAUAUGGCAGCUGCUAUUGAAUUAAGUGUCAGUCCAAACGUCGCACCGGCUCCCGCUGCUGGUAUGUACUGGUCACGUGCCAUCACGUAUGGCAGAGGUCCUUCCCGACCUUUACGUGCUCACUCAGCCAAUUUGAUUGGAGAGUAUUUGUAUGUAUUUGGAGGAUGUGAUGUUAAGGUGUGUUUCAACACAUUGUAUGUUCUUGAUAUGGACACCCUAACAUGGUCAAAACCCCGUACAUCAGGACAGGCACCACCACCUUGCCGAGCGCAUUCAUGUACGACAGUGGAACGAGAAGUGGGAGGUAAAAAAACCUAUCAUCUUUAUGUGUUUGGUGGUGGAGAUGGACCGAAUUAUUUCAACGAUUUGUAUGUAUUGAAUAUUGAUACCCUGAUUUGGAGCAAGCCAAAAACGGAAGGAGAGCCGCCUUCCCCCCGUCGAGCCCAUACAACGUGUAUAUGGAACGGAAAGAUCAUAAUUGUGGGGGGUGGGGAUGGUGCACGUGCGCUGGCGGAUGUGCAUACUUUAGACGUCUCUGACCCACACGCUCUUAAAUGGUCUUUAUUGAAACCAGAGGGAAAUCCUCCUAUUGCCAGAGGAUAUCAUACCAGUAAUCUGAUCAAGGAUAAGUUGAUUGUUUAUGGCGGGAGCGAUGGCCAUGAGUGCUUUAGUGAUGUACAUAUUUUAGACCUAGUCUCCAAUACCUGGAAUCAGAUGGAUUUAGAUCGUGCCGUGCCUCGAUUAGCUCACUCUGCAACACAAGUAGGCUCUUAUGUAUUUGUUAUUGGUGGUCAUGAUGGGACAAGAUAUUCAAACGAAGUAUUGCUCCUGAAUUUAGUGACAAUGAGUUGGGAAACAAGGAAAAUCUACGGCGGAGCACCAAGUGCCAGAGGCUAUCAUACCUCUGUAUUGCACGAUUCCAGGCUUUAUAUACUGGGUGGAUACGACGGACGACAUGUAUUUGAAGAUGUAUACAUGCUGGAAUUAAGCGCUUGUGCUUAUUUACCACAAAUCACCAAUUUUGAAAUCGAUGUUUAA